CAAACAACAUGCCACAGAGGAGCACAGCGAGGCUGUUUUUUUUGUUUGUUGUGUUGUGUGUUCUGUGUGUAUGUGAUUUAUUGUGACAGUUGGCUCGGUGUGCUUGGCAGAGGCGUUUGGUGACCGUGUUUGGUGAAGGACAUAACCAAAUUUGGCUAUUUUCACCUGGCAAAGAUGGACAAAGGCAGCAUGGGCCCCAAGAAGACUUUCGUGUCCACUUUUCGGAUGGAUUUUAAGCCUGCCGCCCCUCGGCAGUUUGUGUUGAAGGGGAUCAAGAAUGAGCUGGAGGACAGGGACACUGCUCGGGGGGGUAGCAGCAAGCAGGGAACCAUAUCAACAGAUAUCACCUCAAAGAGAAGAGUCUCCACUGAAAAGGGUCCCCUGCUGGAGUUUCUUGACCCCCAAGAGCAGUUGGAAGUGCGGGUGGGAGGGCAGGCCAAACUCCACUGUGCAUUCAGGAGCUGCAGUGUUCCUGUGGCUUCCUGCUGGAUCUACAACAGAGAGCAGGUGGUUGCAGGCAGGCCGAGGACUCGUGUAGAGAGCAGUGACACUGACAGCAGUGUGGAGAUAUCUCAGGCUUGUCCGGACGAUGCGGGUACAUACACUAUAUUGGUGCGGAAUCGCAGGGGCUUGGCUCAGCACACAGUCACCCUCAGUGUUAUCGACCGGCCUCAACCUCCGGCAUCUAGUCCCAUGGUCUCCCAGCUCUCCUCCUGCUCCCUGGUCCUGUCAUGGUCGGGGCCCAGCUACGACGGGGGCACUGCCGUCACAGGCUACACGGUGGAGGUGAGACGAGAAGGCACUGAGAAGCCCGAGGACUGGACUGAGGUGACGACCAGCUGCAAGAACACCUCGUACCGGCUCCGCUCGGUCCUGGAGCCCCUGGGGGAGUACCGCUUUCGUGUUCGGGCCUACAAUUUGGCAGGUGUCAGUGAGCCGAGUGAGGUGUCAGACUGUGUCAAGAUGGACACCAGAGGAGAGCCAAAAGUGGAAUCCCAAUCGUAUGUGACUGUCACCAUUGACACCACACACAAAGUCAAGGAUCAUUACAAUGUGCAUGAGAAGCUGGGAGUGGGGAAGUUUGGCCAGGUGUUCAGGCUGAGUCACAAGGAGACAGGUCAGGUGUGUGCAGGGAAGUUCUACCGGGCCCAUAGCUCCAAGGCGAAGGCUGUGGCGCGCAGGGAGAUCGAGCUGAUGAACUGUCUCCACCACCCCAAGCUGGUGCAGUGCCUCGGGGCCUAUGACACCCGCUCCGAAAUCAUCAUGGUGAUGGAGUACAUUGCCGGCGGGGAACUGUUUGAGCGCAUCGCGGACGACAACUUUGAGCACACGGAGCCUACCAGCGCACGCUACAUGCAUCAGCUCCUGGAGGGCAUGCAGUACAUCCACCGGCAGAACAUUGUCCACUUGGACCUCAAGCCAGAAAACAUUGUGUGCGUGGACACCACGGGCACGCGGAUUAAGAUCAUCGACUUUGGCCUGGCAGCCAAGCUGGAGCCUGGUACUCCACUGAUGGUGAUGCAUGGGACGCCUGAUUUUGUGGCCCCUGAGGUGAUCAGCUACGAGCCGGUAGGGCUGGCCACUGACAUGUGGAGCAUCGGAGUCAUCUGUUUCAUCUUGCUGAGCGGUGAGUUGCCCUUCCAAGGUAACAGUGACGCAGAGACCCUGAGCCUGGUGACGGCCGCCCGCUAUGAGUUUGACCAGGAAAGCUUCGAGGACAUCUCGGACCAGGCUAAAGACUUCAUCACCUCUCUGCUCAAGAAGGACACAAGGUGUAGGCUGUUGUGUGACGAGGCCCUGGCCCACCCCUGGAUGGCCUCUUUUACCCUUCUGGUCCGCCGGCCCACCAAGUCCCUCAAGAAGGACAAGAUUCGACGUUUCUUGGCCAAACGCAGAUGGAAGAAAACAGGCAAGGCUGUCCUGGCACUGCAGAGGAUGGCCAACCUCACCAACGGACCCGACACUCCUGGCAGCCUUGGGGAGGAGGCUAGCUGGAGCCCGGCGGCAGAGCAGGCCAUCCAGACCCUGGAUCAGGAGCUACAGAGCGAACCCCGCUUCCAGCAGGUCCUAAGGGACACCAGCCAGCCCCGGGGAUCUUCCGCCCGCCUGGCCUGCCGCGUCCAGGGCUACCCCGAGCCGGAGGUGGUGUGGUUUAAGGAUGAGGAGACCGUGAAGUCAUCGUCGAGGGUCACCGCGGGGUACGACGGCAUGUGUGAGCUGGUCCUGACUGACCUGGGACCUGCCGACACUGGGGUUUACAAGUGCAGAGCUACCAACAUCCUAGGGGAGGCGCUGUGCUCGGCCAAACUUACCGUUGAACUGUAGCCUGAAAACACAAAACAACUACAUCUGGAUCCCUAAUCUCCACCCAUUUCCCCAAAGUGUGCACUUUCCGUUAUGGAUUUAACAAUGCUGGAAACUCCCUAGUAGCUGAUGAUAACACCAAUCCAAUGUUUUGAAUCCAUAACGGGAAGUGUGGAAGUGCACACUUUGGGAGAAGGGUGCAGAAUUGGGAUGUAGCCUACAAUCAGUUGGGGAAGCUACUCUGAAAAGAUAGUUUACCAAACUACCAAUUACUUCACACUGGAAGAAGUUAAGCUACAAAUUGCAAGAACCGAUCACUCUUGUUAAUAGAAUGUUUUUGUGCUUAAUAGGACAAAUUACACAAUGUUUCAAGUGAGAAUUAGACAGGUCUGAUGUCGAAAAAGAAAGGAAAUUGCCUACUUCACCCAUAUUUGAGCAAAAUAAGUAUGUAGUAGUUAGCUUAAUGGCAAAAAAAGUAAUUAACUGCUGAAAACACUAUCAAGAUUUUAAUUUAGCUUAACUACUAUCAAGCUACUGCAAAAUAUAGUUUAAUUAGCAAUUGAACUACAAUGCAAUCGAGAAGGAGACCUUGGUCUAAAAUGUAUAAUCGUUGUGAACUGCUCUGAGGUGGAAGAACCAGUGAAAGCAAAUUCCAGGGUGUUCAUUAGGAUACUGUAGACCUGUUUUCAUGCCAUUUCUUUGUUGCUUUUUCUGUUUUUUGACCCUGGGAUAGAUUGACCACUGUCGGUCAUGUUUCUUUCCCAUCUCCUAAGACUUCCGAUCAUUGCAAGAUGUAGGAGAGAUGAGAAGGCCACUUUAGAAUUGAGAUACGGUCAUUGUUCAACUGUCCACAGAUGUCAAGUGUGGCUCAAAGACAAUAGAAUACACAAUGGACUGAACUGAGGUCUAAAAAAAGUCACAGUAAAGCUUAAUGUAUAGUAAGGGCAAACUAAGAAAUGACAAGUGCACAAGGAUGGGUAAAUUCACUAUUGCAUGUUGAUUUUUGUCAUGACUUCCAGACAGUAAACUGUUCCUCAAUGGUGCCUCUCACAGCUAGACGCACAAGGAGGGUGUAGAAAGGUCAAACCACAACACUUUCCAUUCACUUUGAUUCAGUUGUGACACUUCAUUUGAUACACUAACUUUCAUUACCAGCAAAGUACAACGCUUUACCAAACCCACAUUCCACAUUUUGUCACAGCCCGAAUUUAAAAUGGAUUAAAUGUAGAUUAUUUUUUGUCGUCACUGGCCUACACACAAUACCCCAUAAUGUCAGUGGAAUUAUGUUUUUAUAAACGUUAACAAAUGAAUAAAAUGCUGAAAUGUCUUAAGUAUUCAACCCCUUUUAUAGCAAGCCUAAAUAAGUUCAGGAAUAAAACUUUGCUUAACAAUUCACAUAAGUUUCAUAGACUCUCACUGUGUGCAAUUAUAGUGUUUAAAACCUCUUUGGGAUAGGGGGUGGUAUUUUGACGUCCGGAUGAAAAGCGUGCCCAAAGUAAACAUAUCCUAGCCCAGAAGCUAGGAUAUGCAUAUAAUUUGUAGAUUUGGAUAGAAAACACUCUAAAGUUUCUGAAACUGUUGAAAUAAUCGUCUGAGUAUAACAGGACUGAAUUGGCAGGCGAAACCCCGAGGACAAACCAUCCCCCCAAAAUAAUGUAGUCCUACCACUGAUUUCAAUGGCUGGCACUUUUAUAAUAGGGCAAAAUCAUGCCCGGUUGCAGUUCCUAGGGCUUCCACUAGAUGUCAACAGUCUUUAGAGUUUCAGGCUGGUUUUUGGAAAAAUUUGCCAGAAAUUGUAGUUUUUCUAGGUGGCUCCCAUUUUGGCUGUCAUGUUUCCAAGCACGUGAAUGAGAGCGCGUUCUUUUGUAUUUUUCUCCGUUAAAGACAAUAACGAUUCUCCAUCUUAAAUGUUAUCGUUUAUUUGCGUAUUUGGGUACCUAAAGGUUGAUUGACUUGUUUGCAUAAGUAUUGGUAAACUGAAUUUUUACAGAUAUAAAGAAGGAAUUUAUUGAACAAAAGGACCAUUUGUAAUGUAUCUGGGACCUUUUGG